UUACUCGCUUUUUCUCAUCAACGCCAACGGUUGUUAACCCGGCUGUUCUUUCAAUCGCCACCGCUGCUGACUCGGCUGAGAUGUACAGUGCCUGGAGGUGAUAUCUACUCAGCCCGGCGGGACGUGAGCGAGCCUGAGAUCCUGGCCACCCUGGAACGAUGUUUCCGAUUGCUGGCGGGCAAUCGGCGACCAUCGUUACCGAAGACGCCGUCGAACGCCGGUACACUAGUCGCUCGUUACCUGAAACGACCUGUAUUCGAUUUGAUCAAGCACCGUGUGACUCGCAUGGAUCACAAUCUCUUUGACGUGAUCUGGCCUGCCCUGAAAAGGUACGGUACCAUCACGGGCAACGGCAGCAAGGCCAACAGCGCCCGCUCGAACACCAGCUUUAUCGCGGACGAGGACCACGGUUACGGCGCGGUCGCGCCCGACUUUGAGAGCUACGUCGUCUUCACCGAGUUCUUCGACCCCUUCAUUCGGGAGCUGCACUGCGUUACCGCGAGUGGCGAUCUACCGGACCAUCCGGCACCGCGGUUCUUCAGUGUCGAGGCCGAGGAGGGCGAGGAGGCCCCGCCGGACGAGGCGAUCGUCACCGCCAUUGAACAAUACGAUCUGGAUCCGACCACCAAAUUCAUCCAAGCUGGUAUUGUCGAGUGCACCCGAAAUCUGGCCAACUACAGCUUGCCGUUGACGUUGACGGUGAAUCAGUUAGAGGAGGUCGAGAGAGAGAUCACCAAUCAACUGAUGAGCCCGGAGAUAACCGAUCUGAUGGCGGAGGGCAGCAGCGAGGACGAGGCCGGCACGUAUUUCACUCUCAACGAGAUUCUCGAUCAACCCAGUCGAAUACGGGCGCAGCUGGCAGCGGCUGGGCUAUUAUUGCCGAUCACGGAGUUUGAGCCGAACGACGACCGGCGUCUUCACGGCAAGCACUGGCCCUACGGGCGCGGCGUAUACGUCACCACCGCCGGCGAUCUCGCCGCGUGGGUGAACAUUCAGGAUCACCUGAGAAUCAUCUGUCGCACCAAAGAAAAUCGGCCGGGCCUGGUGGGCCGCGCUUACGUCAGAGUAGCCAAACUGAUGAUGAUAUUCGAUCAGAGGCUGAAAUUCAAACGGGACGACAAGCUAGGUUUCUUGACCGCCCGUCCGCAGGCUCUCGGCAACACUCUGAGAUUCUGCCUGAUCAUACGGUUCCCCGAACUCUCGAAGACACCGGACAAUUUGCGGCACUUAUGCGUGGUACGCGGCCUGAACGUGCGCGACACCAUGAAGAGCGACAUGGUGAGGAUCAGCAAUCAACAAUCGCUGGCCAUCACCGAGCUGCAGACCCUCCAGGACUUCUCUAGAGCGGUGCACAAUAUCAUCACGCUGGAGAAGGAAUUGUCGUUAAACAAUUCGAUGAAGAUCGCCAAUCUUAUCACCGGUAUAUUCCGCAAGCGGGCGAACGCAUCGAGGAAUCUCAAGGCGUAGAGGAAUCGAUGGUCACGACUACGAGAGACAAUAACAUUAGAUUUUUAAGCUCUUAAAGACGAUCCGGAAUUCAAUUAUUUUCUGUCUGCUUCGUGAACAAAACCAACAAGCAAAUCACAUUCAGCAAGACAAUUAAACAAGAGUUGUCGAAAAUAAUUUUUAUAAAAUGGAUGCAUUUUAAAUAAUUUAUCGAAGAAAUU